CAUCGCUCAGUCUUCCAUUCUCUCGCUUUUAUCAGGUAUCUUGUACCUUUCCACACUGCAUUUUCGCGCGUUCUCUGCCGAUCCAGCCAUCGUCAGAUGAACCUGCAAUAACUUCUUUUUGAGAACCAUCUGGUAUGUCUGAUCAAUUGUCUCACGUUUCCAACUUGAGAGGUCUCAAUCGCCGUCUCGAUGGUGUUCGUUAAGCCCACCGUCGGAAUCUCACGUCUUGCUGGUACAGCAUUCAAAUCCUUCACCCACGGAUACGCUCAGACUGUCGUCGCUGCUUCUCAGUCUUCUUACGCUUCUCAAAACACCGGUGUUACUCCACUUGCAAGCAACUGGAUCCAUCGCAUUGGCGGAAACGCCAGCACAUCACAGGUCCAACAUGUGCCCAGUCACCCCAGCGCACAGGCAGCCCGCCAGGACAACAACCACAACGAUGGCUUAGCUCAAUACUACGAGGCAUGGCACAAGCACCACAAGAAUGGCGACCUACGCGAAUGGCAACAGUUCCAAUUCCAGAAGUUGAUCGGCUAUUCUGGUGCAGAGGCUGCCGAGAGCAAGGAGCUGGAUGAUGUGCGGGAAAGCAGCGCCAUUGAAGAGGUGGACGAGAGCGUGGAAGAUGCGUCGCAAAGAGGAAACUUGAAGCGUGCAUACACUACCAGCGCUGUCGACAACUUCGGAAAGGCCAUUGACAACCAGGAAGCUGCCGCUAUCGCAUUCGCACAGGUCAAUGAAGCAAUCGCCGAGGAGAUCAGUAAGACCAAGCAAGAGGUUGAGGCUGCCGCGGACGUGCUCGUCGAAGAGGAUGCUGUUUCUGAGAAAACCAUCACCGCUAGCCAGGCUCCUUCACAGGGAUUCUCCAGCCCUGUUUCCCACGACACCGCUGCCACAUCCAUCUCGGAAGUCGAUGCGUAUACACAGGAGCUGGAAUUGAUGCUUCGCGAUAAGCAGUAUGCUCGCAUUCCUAGCAUUUUCGAGUCUAUGUUGUAUGCUGGCGUUAGGCAGCCUCCUGCUUCAGCUUACCGUGCACUGAUGACGUCCGCCAUUGAACUCACCAAUGGCAAGCAUCAGAAGGUACCCAAAGCUCUGGAAGUCUACUCGGACAUGUUGCGCCGAAGAGUCAUCCCCGACGCUGAGACUUAUGCUGCGCUCAUCAACCUUCUUACUAGCAGAUCUUUGGAAGCCUCAUCUACUAAGAAGGUUCUCGAAGAAAGGCGUAAGCGUUACGGCGGCAUGGAUGCUGAAGAUAGUUUCCUCUUCCACUCGGAUGCGCUGGAAUACGCCAUCUUUGCAGAGGACGAGUCUCUGAGCAUCGCUUUGGCUACGUUCAAUGCUGCAUCAGCAAGAGUGGACUUCUCAACCAAGUCUUAUGGUCUUCUUAUCCAUGCAUGUGCCAAGCAAGGUCGCGUCUCCGACAUGACGCGUUUGUUUGAGCACAUGUCAGGUAGAGACGUCGUUCCCAAUGCAAACAUCUUUCCAGCUAUGAUCAACGCGUUUGCAACCGCAGGAGACUUGCGCAACGCUGUUGAUUGCUACGAACACUACAAGAAGUUGGCAAUUGACAACGACUUGGGAUUGAACAGUAUGUCAAGAAUGGAUGAGGCGGUCUAUUCGUCUUUGAUCAAGGCAUAUGCUGUUUGUCAGCACUCGACUGGCGGUCAAAAGUUCUUGCGCGAGAUCGAAUCUCAGGAGCAAAAUGCCUUCAAGCGCCAAGCUAUUCGCGAUACUGUUUACGUCGAGUCUUUCCUUCCUCUUUCACUCCAGGCCGGUGACUUCCAGGAAGCUUCUGCCAUGCUCACCAACAUCUCGGACGCCGCUUCUGUCCACGCACUCAAUUCGAUCGCCAUCGCCGCUGCUGAUGUCAACAAUUCAACUGAGGCAAUCAAGGCCUUCAACGCUCUUGCCGCGAUUGGUGCUGACUUGGCUCCAUCUUCGAUGGCUAUGCUCGCAAUGCACAUCCGCAAUGCGAACCUUGAUGCAGCUGAGCCUUACUGGCAUGUGCUUGAGAACUCUAUGGCUGUUCCUGCCUUCAUCGAGCCGGCCACUAUGCGUGCUCUCGCUCUCAUCAGCGUUGGUUUCGCAACCCGUGGUAUUCAACAGUCCCGCCAUAUGCUGAGCCGUAUAAGAGACGCUCAGAACUCGGCAUCUGCCAAUCACGAGAUUGCCGAGAAGGUUGAGGAAGCCAUUGAGGUUCUUGGUGGCUUUGUUUUGGAGUCCAGCAAACCCCUUGAGAUCGGUACUAGUGUUGAACUUCUUCGCAUGAUGGUGGACAACGGUGCACUUGUCAGCCCUAUUGCUGAACAUCUGGUCGCCUCUUUCGGAUCUCAAGAAAUCGCACAGCUCAGUCCAGCCGAUAUCGGUCUUCUGACUAAGAUUCAGUCGCGCAUGAUCCUGGACGAGUCCGCUCCUGAGAUUGCUGGCCCUGCCAGAUUUGCUUGCCUGCUUGAGAGCAUCGUUUCUCGCAGCGUCCUUCCUGAUGUAUCCACCGAAAAUUUGAUCGAGAAGACUUUGAUCAACCUUGAUCGCAGCGAUCUCAGCCGUCUUUGGAACAACUACCGCUACCCUGUUCUGCCUUCGCCUGUCUAUCCCACUGUUCCCAACUUCAACGCUUUCCCUCAAGCUCCUUUGGUACCCAUCUCGCCUGUUUUCGAUGAUGCUUUCGACCCUUAUGCCAGCCGGACUGACAACAAGGCGUCGGUCGCUAUCACUGAUCUUCUCGAGAAGCCCCACGGUAAAUCUGCUGCUCACCUGAACGAGGCUCUUGCCAAGUUCCGCAACAUCCGCCGUGCCGGUCGUGUCCCUAGAUUCUUCGCUUACUCGAAGCUCAUUAUGGCUGCCGCCAAGGAGAACCAGCUGAACCUCUGCCGCGACAUUCUUGAGAUGGCCAAGCAAGACGUGCCUUAUCUUCCUCAGUACAGAGUCGUCCGAUUUGGAUGGGUCACCAUUCUUGACUCCAUGCUGUCUGCCUGCUUGAAUGUCGGUCGUCGGGAUCUCGCUGCUCAAUACCAUCAGGACUUACUUGACAUGGGAGCUUCUCCCUCUGCCAACACAUAUGGACUUUACAUCACUACCCUCAAGGAGAACACCAAGACCUUUGAUGAAGCUACCGAAGCAGUCAAGAUCUUCCUGCGCGCAAAGGCUGAAGGUGUCGAGCCUACCUCUUUCCUGUACAACGCACUGAUUGGCAAGCUUGGCAAGGCCCGCAGAAUUGACGAUUGUCUCUUCUACUUUGCCGAGAUGCGCAACCUUGGUAUCCGUCCCACUUCCGUCACAUAUGGCACUAUCGUCAACGCUCUCUGCCGUGUGAGUGACGAGAAGUUCGCUGAGGAGAUCUUCGAAGAGAUGGAGGCUUGUGCCAACUACAAGCCCCGCCCUGCACCAUACCACAGUUUGAUGCAGUACUUCUUGACCACCAAGCGUGACCGCAGCAAGGUCUUGAGCUACUACGAGCGUAUGCGUUCAAAGGGCAUCCAGCCUACCAUGCACACCUACAAGCUUCUGAUUGACACUCAUGCCACUCUGGAGCCUCUCGAUAUGGCUGGUGCCGAGACUGUCCUUGCUGAGAUGCGUGCUGCAGGUGAGAAGCCCGAGGCUGUUCACUACGCUGCCCUCAUACACGCCAAGGGCUGUGUACAGCACGACAUGGCUGGUGCACGUUCUCUUUUCGAUACCGUUGCUUCUGAGUCCAAGGUCAAGCUUCAGCCUUGCGUCUACCAGGCUAUGUUCGAGUCUCUCGUCGCCAACCGUCAAGUCGCGGAUGCUGAACCUCUGCUUGCACACAUGACUUCUCGUAGAGUCGAGAUGACUCCUUACAUUGCCAACGCCUUGAUUCACGGUUGGGCAUUGGAGAAGGACAUCAUUCGUGCCCGCCAGGCUUUCGACCGUGUGAGCUACGCCGACCGCGAGCCUAGCACAUACGAGGCAAUGGUGCGCGCUCACCUCGCUGUCGAAGACCGCGAUGGCGCUCAAUCUGUUGUCGCCGAGGCACUCAGCAGAGGCUACCCCUCAGCUGUCUCAAACAAGAUUGCUGAGCUUGUUGGUGGUGGCAGACAAUAGUCUUCCUUUCAUCGCUUUCUCAGAUUUCACUUUUCAGUCUUUUUCUUCAGCGUCUUGGAGCGAAAAUGGAAUUUUAACAACUUUUGUAAUGAGCAACACGAUUACAAGGGGCAACGGCGUUUAAUUUUGGUAAUCGAUCAAAGCAUGGCGUUUCGAACAAAGGGGUGGCUAGCGAUGGUUUUUUUGGGUUUCGGGGGUGUUGUCAUGUACAAAAAAGAUAUCCGGGAGAGUCAGGAGGGCAGAAAAAGCUGCCCUACCCCUCUCCCAUGCGUUUGCUUUUUGGGAGCGGUUGGCUUCUUUUUACUCAUCUUUUACAUAUCUCCUCUCUGCCGGAUCAGCGAUACCAUAUACUCUGAAAGAAUUGGGUAUAUGGUUAGAUCUGGGAUGCUUUUUCAAUAAGCAUAUUUCAAAAAGAAAAAUCAUUUGAAUCUUC